AUGGUUUUUAAACCAUUCACACACCUCGCGCGCCAGACCUUUUCCAAGACUUUUGUCCACGGGUACGCCCAGUCUGUCGUUGCCGCCUCGCAAUCCUCCUAUGCUCCGUCAGCCUCCUCCCUAAACCAGAUCACUUCGAUCCCACAGACUGCAAAGUUCACCCGCACUGCGCAGCUUCAAAAUGCUUUCCAGAACGCCUCUGGCUCGUCGUCCAACGCUGGUGGUGCAAAGGCUGGCCACGCAGCUUCCACCACUACCAGCGGUGACUCCGGCCUAGCCGCAUACUACGCCGCGUGGCAGCAUGCCCAGCAGACCGGCGAUGACAGUGACUGGAAGCAGUUCCAGUUCACCAAACGCAUUGGCUGGAAACCGACCAAGGAAGAGGUCCUAAAGGAGGGUCUAGAGGACUCGGACGUCGACCAACUUGCCGCAUCCGUAUCGAGAGCACGAAGCCGGAAUGAAAUCCGCACUUCGAGGAACGUCGAGAGUGCUCCCGUCGACAAGGAUGUGAGCGCAAGGGUCGACGAGGCAGUUGCCAGGGAGAUCCAGGAGAUCCAGGAGGCACAUGCCCUCGCAGAGUCGGAAUAUAAUGCCUCCGCCAUCGAGUCCGGAAGCGAACUUUUUGACAUCGAGAGCGGCGCCCAAUCUGAUCGAACCCCUGCGUCUUCCGUUCAGGAGGCCAUCGUCUCCCCCAGAACUCCCGUGAACGAUCACAGUCUGUAUGAGAAGAAACAGGGCGAGUCUCGAUCGAAUACUGUCGUUGAGUUGGCUAGGGACGGAGCACAUGCUAAAGUUCCAGCUGCCUUCGAGAACCUCUUGAGAGACGGUGUCAAACCCACUGCUACCGCCUACAAUGCUCUCCUCGAGGCUGCAAUCCGUCUUCACCCAGAAACGCACAAUGCCGUCCCCAAGGCCCUCGAUGUCUACUCCGAUAUGCUCCGUCGAAGCGUCAUGCCCAACGAGCAGACGUACAAAAUCAUCGUUCAACUCUUGUCUACCCGUGCCUUGGACUGCCUCCGCAUGGCCAAGGACCUGGAGCAAUCACGAGCACGAUUCGGUGGUAUGGAAGAACCAGGCAAAUUCAUUUUCCAAUCUAGCGAAGUCGAGCACGAACUCUUGACCGAAGACCAUUCCCUUCCCAUUGCUCUCAAGCUAUUCAACGUUGCUACCGCCCGACAUGCCGAUAUUGCUUUCCCGCUCCCUGUCUACCGCUCUCUCCUCACGGCUUGUGCCAUGCAGGGAGACAUUGACCAGAUGAUCGAGAUAUUCGCGCACAUGGAAGCUAACAAGGUCGCUCCCCACGCGGCCAUGUUCCCGCCUAUGAUCGAUAUUUUCUCCUUGAAGGGCGAUUUCAAGAGUGCCGUUGAAUGCUACAACGAGUACAAAACCCUGGCUAUUGCUGAUAACAGCGGGAUUUUCGGGGUCGUUGAACGUCAAGACGGUGAAGUCUACGCAUCUGUCAUUAAAGCCUACCUAUCCUGUGGAAACGAGGGCGGAGCACGCCGAUUCUUCGACAAGAUCCGCGCUUCCUUCAACGGCGUCGAGAAGCAGGCAGAGCGUCUCCAGGCUGUCGAAGAGGUCAUCGUCAAGGACGGUUUCGUCCAACACUUCCUCAACAACCGCAACUAUGCUUCAGCACUGCACAUCGCCCAGACUCAACUGCAAGGUCAAGCCCUAACAGAUGCGGCUUUGAAAAUCUGCAUUGCGUCCGCUGAUGCCAACGAUAUAUCCACUGCAACCAGCGCAUACAAUCUCCUCACCGUGGAUGCUGCCAGCUCCGUUGAGCCAGCUAUCGCCAUGCUAGCCCUUCACAUUCGCCAGGGCAGCUUGGACUUGGCCAAACCUUUCUGGGAUGUUCUCUCCUCUUCUUCUCGUGUCACUGCAAGCUUCAUCCAGCCUGUAGCCAUGUAUACCAUCGCACUGUUGAAGAGCGGACAAAUUGAAGAAGGCCUUAUGGACGCCCGAAGUAUGUUCUCCCGCAUUCGCAGCGCCAACGCCAGCUCCACCGCCAACGAGCAGAAGCAGCGUAUCCGCGAAGAGAUUGAUGAGGCUAUGGACUUACUUGGUCGCGUUCUUAUUCAAGCUUCAGCACCGCUCUCGCCCCAUUCCGCCAUGACACUGAUGUGGUGUAUGGUUGAGAAUGGUGGACUUGUCUCGCCCGUCGCUGAGUAUGUGGUUGCCAGUCUAGGUCCAAUGGGUAUUUCUCACUUGACUGCUAGAGACCUUACUCUUGCCAUGCAAGUACAAGCUGGCAUGCUGGUUAAUGGUUCAACGCUAUUCGAUGCUGCCCACCCACUCCGCUUUGUCCAUAUGCUCGAGGUCGCCAUGAACACUGGCAUUCGCCUGGAUGAAUACACCAAGCAGCUACUUGACCAAGGUGUUGCAAAGUUGGGUGAUGUCCGUUCAGACAUUGCGCAGAAAUGGCAUCACUAUCUCCACGGAAGCGCUCCUACAUUUGUCACACCACAAUACAAUGCACCUGCACCGGCAGCACCGCAACCCCAGGCCCAACCCUCACCUAGACUCAAGCCAACGAGGCCAGAAGACUCGUUCGACCCAUACGCCCACUCCACGGACUUCAGAGGCUCAUCGAUAAUCGCCGAGCUGCUAGAGAACCCACGCGGUCGUACCGAGGACCAUCUUAACGAGGCCAUGAUCAAGUUCAAGAACAUGCGCCGAAUUGGUCGCCACCCUCGCUACAUUACGUAUGCUAAGCUGAUUACUGCUGCUGCUAAAUGCGGACGCAUGAACAUGGCACAUGAGAUUCUAGGCAUGGCUAAGCACGAUGUUCCACUGAUCCCACAGUACAAUGCUGUCAAGUAUGGUUGGACCUCUAUCCUGGACGCCAUGGUUGCUGCUUGCCUGACUACCGGUGAGCGUAACCUGGCAGCCAAAUAUCACCAGGAGUUGUUGAACAUGGGUUCUGCUCCAUCCGCUAACACGUUCGGUCUCUACAUCACAACCCUAAAGGAGUCGACCAAGACCUUCGAUGAAGCCACCGAGGCCGUCAAGGUGUUCCAUCGAGCGACAUCUGAGGGCGUCGAGCCAACCUCAUUCCUCUACAAUGCCUUGAUUGGUAAACUAGGAAAGGCUCGCCGCAUCGAUGACUGCCUGCUCUACUUUGCUGAGAUGCGCGCCAACAACGUCCGACCCACCAGCGUCACUUACGGAACCAUCGUCAAUGCCCUCUGCCGUGUCAGCGACGAGCGCUUUGCCGAAGAGAUGUUCGACGAAAUGGAGUCAAUGCCAAACUACAAACCCCGUCCAGCCCCUUACAACUCUAUCAUCCAAUACUUCCUCAACACAAAGCGUGACCGCUCCAAGGUGUUAGCAUACUACGAGCGCAUGAAAUCCAAGAACAUCCAGCCAACAAUGCACACUUACAAACUCCUUGUUGACGCCUACGCGUCUCUAGAGCCCGUCAACAUGUCUGCUGCCACAGCUGUUCUGGACUCUAUUCGUGCUUCCGGCCAGCUUCCUGAAGCUGUACACUACGCUUCUCUCAUCCAUGCUCGUGGAUGUGUACUCCAUGACAUGGCAGGGGCCCGUGAAACAUUCGACUCGGCCCUCUCUCAACCCCACCUCCGCCCACAAGCAUGCCUUUACCAGGCCCUCUUCGAAUCGAUGGUAGCUAACCACCAAGUCUCUGACACCCCUGCUGUGCUAGCCGAUAUGGCUGCCAACAAGGUUGCUAUGACCGCUUACAUCGCCAACACACUUAUUCACGGAUGGGCUGCGACAGGCAACGUCCGCAAUGCCAAGGCAGUGUAUGAUGGUGUAGGUCUUGAGAGACGCGAACCAAGCACAUACGAAGCCAUGACGAGGGCAUUUAUGGCCGUUGAGGACCAUGCCGGCGCUGACCAUGUGGUGCGCGAGAUGAUGUCUCGCGGUUACCCUUCGGCAGUUACCGGGAAGGUCCUAGAUUUGGUCAACGGUGGACAGCCCGCGUAG